GCCCUCACCGUUGUCAAGUCCUCCUUCUCCCCCACAUUCUCGUAGUGCUUGUGACCGUCUUAGAGAGCUCGGAUCUGGUUCAAGCGGCCUGCGGCUCGCUGAGAUUGCGGCUGCUCGAACGACCCGACGGUGUGAGUGGUAGGUCAUUGGUGGCCGCCGAGAUUCGGCUGGGGAGAAAGUGGAUAGUUCCGAGUAAGGUGAAUCCAGAACUGUGCUGGAGAGUUUUGUCGAACGCGGUAGCUAAUUGAUUGAACGUGGGACUGAUUGCUCAACUCCGGACUGGAAGAAUGUUGCUCAGUGAUGGAAUGGCCUCCAGCACUGGGCUCCAAGCACGAAAGCCCGAGUUUCUGUUGCACGAUUCUAGACGGUAACUCGAGAGCGGUUUUGUUCGGGUUUUAGCGAACCAUCUCGGUGGUUAGAACUACUCUUGACUGUGAGCAGAUUAGUUUGUCAAAAUGCCGCCCUACUUCGCACCGGGAAUGGAAUGCCUCGGCAAGGCAGGAAACGAAUCCUUCAUGACACGAGAACCCUUCCCUACAUUUGUUGAGGGUGCCAUUAUCGUGGGGGGUGGACCUUCAGGCUUGGCAGCCGCCGCAUGCCUCAAGAUGAAGGGGGUGCCUUCCCUGAUCAUUGAAAAAUCAGACGGCAUUGGCUCGCUCUGGAAAUACAAGGCUUACGACCGCUUGCAUCUUCACAUCCCGAAGCAAUUUUGUGAGUUGCCGUAUUAUGCCUUCCCGGAGGAUUACCCUUUGUAUCCAGACAGGAAGCAAUUCGUUGACUACUUGGAGAACUACUUUCAGCAUUUCGACAUGUGGGCCAAGUUCAACACCAAGGUGUCCACCGCAUCGUAUGAUCCAUACUCAUCAUGUUGGAAGGUUAAAACGCAACCUUCAGAGGCAGAUUCCGAGGGUGAGAGGAGGGAGUACCGGGCGAAGUGGUUGGUGGUUGCAUCUGGGGAGAAUGCGGAGCCUUACACCCCGGAAGUGGAAGGGCUGAAGGAUUUCAGAGGCUCCGUUGUUCACUCCAGCAACUACAAGACAGGAGCUGGCUAUGCGAGGCAAAGAGUGCUCGUUGUAGGGUGUGGAAACUCGGGGAUGGAGAUUGCCUUGGACCUGUCGAAUUUCAAUGCCGAGCCGUCUCUCGUCGUCCGAAGCCCUGUGCACAUCCUGCCGAGAGAGAUCUUCGGCACGUCCACGUUUGCCGUGGCAAUGAGGAUGAUGAAGAGUUUUCCCCUCUGGUUCACGGACGCAUGCCUCGUAUGGUACACCUGGGCCAUGUUGGGCGACACGACAAGAUAUGGCUUCAAGCGCCCCUCGGACGGUCCGAUGACGAUAAAGUGCAAGCAGGGGAAAACGCCGAUUUUGGAUGUGGGGACCUUUGCGAAGAUCAAGAGCGGCGCCAUUAAGGUGUGUCCCGGGUUGAAGUAUGUCACCCCCGACGGGGCCUUAUUCGAAAAUGAUCAAUUUGUAAAGUUCGAUGCCAUUGUACUGGCCACUGGUUACCGGAGCAAUGUUCCUCAAUGGCUGAAGGAUGACAGCGGUUUCUUCACAGCAGAAGGACUUCCGAAGAAUCAUUCCAAGGGAACUUGGAAAGCGGAGCGGGGUCUCUACAUCGCCGGGUUGGGGAGGAAAGGGAUAUUGGGAGCGACCUUCGAUGCCAAAUAUAUUGCUGAGGACCUCAGCAGAGCUUACGCCUCCGAGUCUCACAAGAGACUCAUCUGCCCUCUGCAAUCCCGAUAGCCGCCCUCUGUGCAGCACCAUUCCGGAUCUCCUACCAAUUUUGACAGCCUCGACGCUACCUGUCCCCCCAACAGCCCUUUCUUUUUUGUCUCUUUUCCAAGGAGAUUUUGAAACCCUCUGAGAAUACUCGCUCAUUUACCUGGGAAAUCGGGACACGAUGGAUUUCAAUUCUAUUUUUUUCAUUUUUGUCCUCUCCCCACACUACUGCGGUGUUCUCGAGUUCGGGUGUUUUGCGGGAGGAGAAUGAGGUUUUGAUGUCGAUGACAUAUAUUGCGCUUGUAGAGCUUCUCAUAGCGUUGUUGAAGAUGAAUGCGAAGCUGUAGAGCGUAGUCCACCUCGAAUGUUUUUCAAGACGACGUUGGAAAGCGCGCGCAAGAAACGGAGAGAGCAAGAGAGAGAGAGAGAUAAAGAGUGAGAGGGAGUGAGAGGGCAGAACUUACACGCAGUGGAUAGUUGGGGAUCAAAAACAUGUGUACCCCUCACGGCCUACUUGUACCAUACAUUUUUUGCACAAAAUCUACACAGAUAGCCAAGUAAUAGCAUAGACCUAAGGUUUUAUUCGACACGCAUUGUCCGUCUCACACAUUUUGUUUUAAAAAUCUCCAAAAGCUGGAAAACAUUUUCACGAA